AAUGGUGAAUAAGUAGAGAGGGCGAAGAAGAGGGGGUCUGUGAAUUUGAAGGAAGAGAUGGAUGAGGCGAACGCCAAGGCAUUGGCGCAGCAUCAGCAGCAGCUCAUGCUGCAGCACCAGCAGCAGCAACAGCAGCAACAGCUUCUCCUUCUUCAACAGCUCCAGAAGCAGAAGCAGCAGCAGCAGCAGCAGCAGCAGCAACAGCAACAGCAACAGCAACAGCAACAGCAACAGCAACAGCAGCAGCAACAGCAACAGCAGCAGCAGCAACAGCAACAGCAGCAAGCAAUCUCCCGGUUCCCUUCCAAUAUUGACGCCCAUUUGCGCCCUCCAGGCCUCCACCGCCCCAUCUCGCUCCAACCGCAAAACCCCAACCCCAAUCCUAACCCUAACCCUAACCCUAACCCUAACCCUAACCCUAUCCCCAAUGUGCAAAACCCUGGCCCCGCAAAUUCGCAGCAGCAGCAGCAGAAGGUGAUGCGGCCCGGGCACCAGGUGGAGCUCCAGAUGGCGUACCAGGACGCGUGGCGGGUCUGCCACCCUGAUUUCAAACGUCCUUUCUCUUCUCUCGAGGACGCCUGCGAGAGGCUACUGCCUUACCAUGUGGUGGCAGACUAUGAAGCAGAGGAGGAUGAUAGAAUCCUUGACUCUGACACUACAGGCCAAAUGCCGUCCCGCUCUCAGCAAUGGGACCACAAUAUUGCUGCCAAAGUUGCAGAGUUCACUGCCACAUUUGAGAAACAGGCCCUUGCCUUCAAUAUCAUAUCCCGCAAGAGAGCCAUUGGCGAGUUUCGAUCAGAGGAGAGAUUGAUGAUUGAGCAAGCACUCCUGCAAGAGGAGAAAAGAGCAAUGCUGGAACUGAGGACAGAGAUUGAGUCGAGGGAGAAGGCUGGACGAGAGGCUCAUGAGGCGAAGUUGCGUAUGGCAGCAAUGGUUCAGGCAGAGCAAGCACGGGCAGAGUCACAGGCCCAUGCUGAGUUGCUGGCUCGAGCUCCAAUAAGGGCGAGCGCACUCGGGCCUCAGGGCAAUGACCUCCCAAUUGGCCAUGAUAUGGCAGAGCAGGAACAGGGUGUCAACCCAGAUGAGAUGAUGAAUGGUUGGGGAAACAACACACAGAGAGAUGAGAAAGAGCCAUCUGAGGAUUUUUUGAACGAUGAGGAGACUGAAAAUGGAGACGCAGGCAUGCAAGACGAGUGGCGUGAAGUCGGAGAGUUUGAUCUGAACACCAGAUAAAGAUCAAAUAGCAGAUCAAAGUACAUGUUGGUGGAUCAUCAAUCUACUACUCUACUCUUCAUGGUCCCAGUGAUGCUUUCAGAAAUAUGAGGUUCUCCCUUUGGAAGGAAAAAGAAUACAAAGAAGGGAACAUGGCUAUGUAAAUUAUGGAUCUAUUAUUUUCAGUGGGUUAGAUAACCUUUCUCUUUGUCCAUGGCAUGGUCUAACAAGCUUUUAUGUGGGGUAGUGGUUGAGGUUGAAAAAUACUGAUCUUGAUUCCAUUAUUACUCAUCCCAGUAGCUACUUUUCCGUUCCUUGGUUUCCCUAUAGAACGGCAUCUUGAAUCAUAGAGACAGUAUUAGCAA